AUGUUUAAAUCAUUGAAAGUAUUUCUAUUUUCAAGUUCUGUUGAAUUACCUCUCAUGCAGAAUAUUAUCAAACCGCUAUAUUUUGUGAUAUCGUUAUUCGGAUUGUUCCCAUACAGUGUUCAAUUUUCAAAAUCUAAAAGUUUUUUAAAAAUUAAAAAUAAAUCCGUAUAUGUGAAUUCCUUAUGUGGUAUAUCAAUAAUUUUGACUAUGAUAGCUUUCACGAUAUUACAUGUACAAUACAUAUUUUUCUCGACCGAAUAUAUUGGGAUGACUGAAGAUUUUGUUCCUCAAAUGAACUAUGUCAUAGAAAUUGUUGCUCUGGUGAUAUUUUGUAUAACAGCUUAUAUAUGCGCGUUUAUAAAUCGAGAAGUAUACAUCAAGAUAAUAAAUAGUCUCGGUACAACGUGGGUCGAAAUGCCACCAGGACGAAACUGUGAAACAAUACUAAGACGGCUUCAAUUCCAAUCGAGUAUUAUAGUCAUGACUGUUUUAUUAUUACUAUUAUUACUUCAAAUUUGUGUUAACUUUUCACGUAAUAAUAGUGUAUGGAAAAUUAUUUUAGUGGCAACGACUUUUAAUUUACCUCAAAUGAUACAGUUCGUAUCAAUCGCCUUUUACUAUGUCCUCAUUAUGAUGGUAGUCGCUAUAUUGGCUAACAUAAACGAUAUUUUCCUUGAACUCGACAGUAAUCGGAAUAUCAAAACAGAUGGUUUCAUAAAAGUUAAACCGAAAACUACAUUGAGCCUUCGACAGUUAGAAUUAGCUUACAUAAAAGCAUUUGAAAUAAAAACCUACAUUAACAGAGCUUUUCAAGCACCGAUCUUAGCAUCUUCUAUUCAAUGUUUUCAUUCACUUAUUUGUGAGGCUCAUAUAAUAUACCACGGCUUGGUAAUCGAUGGAACACUCACAACCCACGACUUCGUUAAUUGUUCCAUUUGGAUUCUCUAUCAAGUUCUAAAAGUCUACGUAAUAGCACUUUCAGGCACCAGGUUAAAGGAGGAGGCAUUAAAAAUUGGUCAGCGACUACACAACUUAUCGAUAGAAAAACAAGAUUUGCGAUCGUUUUUAGAGAUACAACAUUUUUCAUCACUUAUGACGUACCAAAGAUUUGAAUUGACCGCUUAUGAAUACUUUCAGCUUGAUGGCACCCUAUUAUAUAAUAUGCUGACAUCUGCAGCGAUGUAUUUAAUAAUUUUAGUGCAAUUCGACAACCGACCUUAACAUAUUAUUAAAUUAUG